AUGUUUUUGUGCGAGUUCGUAAUGCCAGACUCGUGUCCUGUGAAUGACAAAGAGAAUCUGAAAAUUUGGGUUAUUGCUGUGAAGAGGAAGAAUUUUGUUCCUCCCAGGAGCACCCGAAUUUGCAGUGAUCAUUUUAAAGAUGAUGUCUUUAGUAGGCCCAAUAUUAAUGUACUACAACUGAAGAAGGCAGGGUGUGAUUUAGUGUUUCAUAGCUUGGCUAUUAGGAAAGAUGUUGUGUGAGAUCCUAAAGCAAGUCUGUGGGUUAUUGUGACUGGUACAUUUGCUGUGGAAGGUUCUGAAGUUCCUGCUUCUGAGGUAUUGGUGUUCAUGCUGGUUUCAUUGACAAGCAAGUGAAAGUUGCCAAUUGGGUAUUUUUUGUAAACAAGCCAAAUGCAGUGGUUCAAACUGAACUAGUGAAAACUGCUCUGAUCAUGAGCUUUGAGGUUGGUGUAAUAAUAAGGUGUAACAUGUGAUGGCACACGCACAAAUUUACAAACAAUGAUUGCACUUGGUUGUGAUAUUGAUGCCAGCAAUUUUGAAGCAAUCAAAUGUGAUCUUAAGCAUCCAACCGCAGGAUAUUGUGUGCAUUUUUUUUGUGAUGCGUGCCACAACUUGAAAUUGGCUCGUAAUGCUCUUGGGACAUAUUUAAAAUUUAAUGCCCCAGAUGGAGAAAUACAGUGGUUCUUUAUUGAGAAGUUGGAGAAAAUUCAGUCUUCCACAUCAUUGAAUUUAGCUAACAAAGUCACAAGAAAACAUGUAGAAUGGAAAUGUUACUCUAUGAAAGUAAAGUUAUCUGCUCUAACUUUAAGUUCUUCAGUUGGAGAUCACUUACAUUUUUAGAUAUGUCCCAAAUUAGAGAGUUUCAGGAUAGUAAAGCUACUGUUCAUUUCAUUCAGGUCGUGGAAAGAAUCUUAGACAUCCUCAAUAGCAGAAGUCUUUGCCAGGGGCUACAAAAACCCUCUUCUUUGACAAUGUCAUUAACAGAGAAAUGCAAAUAAUUGAAGACGUAAAUUAUUUAUUUUCUUUGAAAGACUACUUUGCCAUUCACCUAGGAAAACAUUUGUUCUUGGUUUGACCACUGCUGUCAAAUCAGUUUUCUCUUUUGGGAUGGAAGUGUUUAACAGAGCUGAAAAUCCUCUCAAGUAUGUACUUACUUACAGAUUUUCUCUAAAUAAUAUUGAGAUGCUAUUCUCUAGAAUUAGGAGGAGAUAAGGUUGCAACAACAACCCCAAUGUUUAACAGUUGACUGUAGUUCUGAAGCAGAUACUGCAGAAAAACAGUAUAUCCACUUCUUUUGCAGCUAAUUGCAUUGCCCUUAAUGGUGAUGAUGUAGAGUCAAUUUUUAGCCCAAAAUAGAAGGGGAAAAAACUGGAAAGUGAAAGUGUGCAUGGUGAAUCUCUUAUUCUACAGUUCAACAUUGGAGAUGUUCUAAACCCACAAUUAAUAGAUAUAAGGGACAAUGUGCUGUACUAUGUGUGUGACUUUAUUGUUCAGUCCUUGACCAUACGAAUUACUUGUUGUAAUUGUGUUAAUGCUUUAAUCGGGGAAAGAGUUGUGUACAGUUACUUGCAUUUUGCAGAGUACACAAAAUUUGAUGUGAAAAACUGAGGUGGUCUUGUCAGCUGCAGAAUGUGUGUACAAAACUGUACUUGAAACUGAGAAGCAGUUGUCUUUCCACUUCAGAGAUAAGGGUGCAUCUGCUUCAUAUUUAGUUAAGAAAGUGAAACAUAGCAUAAAGCGGCAUGUGCAUUAAAUGAAAACUUUUUCCCUGGCACUAAUCUGUGUGCUAUAGCCACUGACGUAACUGAUGUUCCUCAUAAAAUCCAGCUUAUCAGUUCAAUAGUGGAUAACCACUCAGAAAUAAAGACUUCUCCCAGGCCAAACAUUUUGCUUAAGUUACAUGCCCUAUCAGUAAAAGACAUAAACUGAAUAAGUUGACAUUAUUUAACAAUAUGUAAAUAUAAUUCUAGUUAUUUAGUGCCA